CGACCGUGAGCUUGCCCGGCAUGUGACAGGCUGCGUGGGCGGCCGAACGGCGCGAGCGCGCCCGGGUGGCAGCUCCUCGGGCGCGGGCAUUCCGGGGGACUGCGCUAGGCGGCUAGCGGCGGGCUCAGCAAGGGUCGAGGUGCAGCGCAGACGCCGGAGGACUUUUUCCCAGGGCGGGGAGUGUUCGGCCCGGGGGCGGGGCUGCCGGGCCCGGCGACAGCAGGACUGCGGGGCGUUGGCGGCAAAGCGUGCGAUGGCGCGGGCGGCGCAGUGCUUGUGAAACUGAACACAACAAAAGUAUGGAGAUGGGAAACCAACAUCCUUCUAUUAGUAGGCUUCAGGAAAUCCAAAAGGAGGUAAAAAGCAUAGAACAGCAAGUAAUUGGUUUCAGUGGUCUGUCAGACGACAAGAAUUACAAGAAACUGGAGAGGAUUCUAACAAAACAACUUUUUGAAAUAGACUCGGUAGAUACUGAAGGAAAAGGAGAUAUUCAGCAAGCUAGGAAGAGGGCAGCACAAGAGACAGAGCAUCUCCUCAAAGAGUUGGAGCAGAAUGCAAACCACCCACACCGGAUCGAAAUACAGAACAUUUUUAAAGAAGCCCAGUCCCUGGUGAAAGAGAAGAUUGUGCCAUUUUAUAGUGGAGGCAACUGCGUAACUGAUGAGUUUGAAGAAGGCAUCCAGGAUGUCAUUUUGAGGCUGACACACGUUAAAACUGGAGGCAAGAUCUCCUUGCGGAAAGCACGGUAUCACACUUUAACCAAAAUCUGUGCAGUGCAAGAGAUUAUCGAGGACUGCAUGAAAAAGCAGCCUUCCCUGCCGCUUUCUGAGGACGCACAUCCCUCAGUUGCCAAAAUUAACUCUGUGAUGUGUGAAGUGAACAAGGCCAGAGGCACUCUGAUUGCCCUUCUUAUGGGAGUGAACAGUAAUGAGACUUGCAAGCACUUAUCUUGUGUGCUCUCGGGGCUGAUGGCUGAUCUGGAUGCUUUAGACGUGUGCGGGCGCACAGAAAUCAGAAAUUACCGGAAGGAGGUCGUGGAAGAUAUCAACCAGUUAUUGAGGUACUUGGAUUUAGAAGAGGAAGCAGAUACCACUCAUGCGUUUGACCUGGGGCAGAAUCAUUCCAUUUUAAAAAUAGAAAAGGUCCUCAAGAGAAUGAGAGAAAUAAAAAACGAACUUCUUCAAGCACAGAAUCCUUCAGAAUUGUACCUGAGCUCCAAAACAGAACUGCAGGGUUUGAUUGGACAGUUGGAUGAGGUAAGUCUUGAAAAAAACCCCUGCAUCCGGGAAGCCAGGAGAAGAGCGGUGAUUGAAGUUCAGACCCUCAUCACUUACAUCGACUUGAAGGAAGCCCUUGAGAAAAGAAAGCUGUUUGUUUGUGAGGAGCACCCCUCACACAGAGCGGUCUGGAACGUCCUGGGAAACUUGUCAGAGAUCCAGGGGGAAGUUCUCUCAUUUGAUGGCAGUCGAAAUGAUAAGAACUACGUCCGGCUGGAAGAGCUGCUCACCAAGCAGCUGCUUGCCCUGGACGCCGUUGACCCGCAGGGAGAGGAGACGUGUAAGGCUGCCCGGAAACAGGCAGUGAAGCUUGCACAGAAUAUUCUCAGCUAUCUCGACUUGAAAUCCGAUGAAUGGGAGUACUAAAACGCCAGAGAGCCCAUGGUUGAUCAUUCUUAUUUUGCACUUUAUAUAUGUGUCUGUGUAUUUAUAGAGAGCUUUCAGUUUGUUGAGCCUGAAUGUGAUUUAUACAUGCAUAUGUCAAUCUCAGUAUUUAUGAUUUAAGCAAAUUAUAUUCAGUAUCUCUG